CGUUUACACACCAAUUUUAUUAAAUUUGAAUACAGUAAAUAAGGUCAUUAACAUUUGUCGGUGUGUAAAUUUAUCGGAAAGUGUUUUUAUAUCAUUAAAUAAUAAAGUUCCGCAACGAUCGUCUCGACUAUAUUAAACAAAAUCGCUAAAAACAGUAAAUAAACUAUAAAGUGGAUUUGGAAGCUACUUGGUGCCCAAGUAACGAAACUUGGUGCCCAAGAAACGUUACUUGGUGACCAAGUAACCAUUAGCAAUAAUCUAAAUCAAGAUUGAGAGUUAGUGUAUGCAUUGGACAUGAUUACAAUUAAAAGAAUUUUUAUAAAAUCCAAGAGUAAGAUUUGUGCAAAGAUUUUUGGCUAAGAAAAUAAUAGAGAGAAGAAAAGAAUUAGCUUGAGAGAGUUUUGGGAAGUGGAUCAAAGGAGGAAGGAGCAAAAGAUUUUGGGAGCAAAUUCCUUUAACAAAAGAAAAACAAGAAGCAAUUUACUCGGGAAUCAAGCUGAGUAUCAAACCCGGAAUCAGGAAUUGUAUUUCAGAGGAGAUCAGUAUAGACAGAGAAUGGCACAAAUGAGAAGGAUAAUCCGGAAGCAUAUAAUAGCCAAGUCAAAGGCAAAACGUGAGGCUAUGGCACACGAAGGGUGCGAAGACUUGUUCCCGUAACGAGGAUGUUUGUGAUAAUAGAAAUACUAGUUUGUACUCUUGAACUUAUCCUUUUACUGAUAUGAUGGACUGUGUGGAAGUGUAAGAUUGACCCUGGACUUGUGGGGCGAGUUAUGUAACGUGAGACAGGUAUGCUAAAAUAGUGUGUCGGCCUAGAUCCGGGGUAUACGGAUCUGGGGGCGUUACAGAUUUGGUAUCAGAGCUAUAGUUAUAUUCUUAGGACACGGGAACCCUAGGAAUAUAAUGAGAGAGUAAGAGACGAUAAUACGAGAUAUAAGAUAUGUGUAUAUGAUAGUUAUACAUCUACGAGUUUAUGCAAGGGUAUAUACAAAAUCCGGAAACCUUUGUGGGACAUUAAACCCCAUGGUUAAGAUACAUAUACGUAUAUACAAGUAUCUUUAAGAUGAGAAACUUAAGGUGACAUUGUUUGAUUAUCUGUGAAGAUAAUAGUAGCUAGUUCUCUUCGAGGACGCUCUUUUUACACCCUAACUCAUAAUACUCAGAUUGUAAUAUGGGAAGUGCUCAAAGGAAAUUAGGAUUACUCAUAGUAAUUCAGAGAACACGACUAUCAAAUCAUUGAGCCUCCACCAUUUGAGAUUAUUGGUUAGGUAACCUACUAGUUACCUAGUAUUUAUUGCUAUGUCAGGGGAUAAACAUCAAUUUUACCUUAUAAUUUUCCGUCAGAAAUAACUUCUGCACUAUCAUUGACUUCUCGGAUAUUUACACCCAUAUUCCAUUCUUUCAUUACCCAUAUCAGAUGGUAGAUAUGAUCAAUGAUUGUCGGAUAGACUUAGACACUUUCAGCUGACUUUUCUAAAGGCUACUUCAUUCACUUUUGAUUCCAUUGCAAUGCCGAAUCUUUAUCAGUAUUGAUUCAAGUUCCAUACCUUUAUGAACACCACAUCUAUUGGCGAGAUUCUUUUCCCAUAUUUUGCAAGUUCCGUUCAAUAUAUAUAUUCAAAUGCCAGGCCAUGAGCUCGAAUGUUACAGCCAGAUAUUUCUACCCCAAAAGACUGUUGUUCCCACCUCAUGUUAUAUUAAGAUACCGAUUUUUCUAUUACAAGGUUUCUUCUUUUCUAAUUGGAAACCCUUUAAAUUUAAAUGCCAAUUUCAGUUCCAAUCUCCACAUCAAACUCAACACCAGAUUUUAUUCUAACACCACUCAGUUCUAGUUUCUUCUUAUGCUCCAUAUGUUGAGAGCGAGGCAGUGCCACACUCGGCACACUUUAUAUUUGUACAACCGUAUGUGAUGCUAGCAAAGUAUUACCUUGAGUUUUAAGUUUUCAUGACGAAUUUGGGGAUCCAAGAAUUAUAUAAUUUUAUAAUUGUUCAAGAGAUCUCGGAUUUCUGGCCCGGGAAAUUAUGAUCAGGGAAUCUAUCAAAUAGUUAUUUAUGUAUUCAAGAGUCUUUGGAUAGAUAUUCAAUAGACUACUUUGACCAACUUCAGACAUAUAUGAGUCACUUUUGUGGAUCGAAAAUCAUUAAGAUCUCGGUGUAAAGUUACAUAGAUAUCCAGACACUAAUGAUUUGGAUUUCUUUGGUAUAAUUUGAUCUUUUGUAAGAUAACAUUUAUAAUUUACGAGGAUCUCGGGUUCUAUUUUUGUUCAUAGUUUAUGACUGUUGACAUUGCACAAUAGCGGGCAUGAGAGCCUUGCAUUUUCUUAUUAUAACAAUGCAGAUUCGAAUAUAAGAUCUUUUGAGCAGAUAGGGAUGUAGGUAGACAUCUUAUUAAUCAUGGUUGAAGUGAUAUCUCAGUGAUUAUCAGAACAGGCGAUGUCCUCGGAUAAUGAUAGAAUGGUAUUCAAACUACGGGUGCAUAUGAUGACGACUAGUGGGAAUGGAUGGUAUUAUUUUGAGAUUAUUUACAUUACUUGAUAUGCAUGAUCUUUGUACUUAUAGAACCACUGUAUAAACCUUGAUCAUGAUAUCUUGUAGCACCUUUUUAUUGGAAAUCUUUCACAUACCUAAUUCUUUCUGAAACCGCUUUUACUUUUAAAACCAGCUAUCUUUUGCUAAUAUAUGUGAAACCUUGGGCAUGUUGAUAUACUCCCUUGAACAAUUACUAAACCUUAACUGUUUUUACCAUCUAAUAUCUAUUUCAUGAGCAAAACUCUUGUUAAAAUUCUAUUAGACAAUUUUGCACCAAUAUGUUGUCCUUUGCACUUCUACAUGUCAAAUAAACUUGUACACCAUGUGAUAGUAACCUAUUUUAUUCCUCCCUUGUAGAAACAAGAUGAACUCUGAAAUUGGUAAAACCAAGAAUAGAGCUCUACCAGAGAAUAUUCCAGCCAAUCCUGAUCUGAUAUAAAUGAUCUUUGAUCUCUUACUAAAACGUGAUCCAAACCUACCAACCAAUACCAACGGAGCAUCAAUCAACCAACCACCGAAAUCAUUUAUUAUAUUCAAAAACUUUUAAGUGUGUACACCCCUGAGUUAAAGGAACCACAUAUCCUAUUGAGGCUAGGACCUGGUUGAAAGAAAUUUAAAAAUGGCUUUUGAGAUUGUGGGAGUUGAGGAUGAUAAGGAAAAUUUUAUCUGCAAUAUAUAUGUUAAACAUGGAAGCUAAUUAUUGGUGGGAUGCUAAAAAGGUCUAGAAAGGACUAGUGUCUUGACGUGGGAAUGCUUUACAAAAUUGUUCCUAUGGAAACAUUUUCCUAAAUACCAUGAGAAUCACAUAGCUCAGGUUCUUAAAACUCAAACAAGAGGAACGUAUCUGUGGCUAAUUGUGAAUCCAAAUUUACAUAACUUGCGAGGUUCGUACAACAUUAUGUUGAUACUAAUAAAAAGAGAGCCCGACGUUCUCAACGAGUAUCGAAACCCUGGAUCCUGAACAGGGUAGCUAUUUUGAACUUAGCAAUUAUGUGACUCUUGUUCAGAAGACUGCUAUCGUGGAAAGCGGGAGUGAGCUAUACAACUGUGAAAAGAAUGGCAAUAAAUGGACGACACCACAGCCUGAUCGUAGCCAAGGAAAGAAGAUAUGGGACUAGAAUAUAAAGAAACCUUUUAUUAAAAGGCUAUUCAACAAGUAUAGGACUCUUCGAAACAAAAAUCUGAGAAUCAGAUUUCGAGUAAGCCACGAAGGAAAUCAAAGGUUCAUGCCUCCACAAAUUUCAAAUCUUCUGCAAGGAGGACCACUGUUACCAGAACGCAAAACAUGUUGGAAGAGGCAUUCAUUUCCGUGCUAUCAGGAGUCUACCAUUUGUUUUACCUACGAAUAUAAAGGAUGUUAUGUUUCAAAAAAAAAAAAAAAAGCUGAUACUCGCUUCAACUAUCAAAAGACGGGCCAUAUGGCCAGGGAUGGUCGGGCACGACACAAAGAAAACACUAUUCUGAAAUUAUAAACUCUUCCGGAAAGGAGCAACCCAACAUCAUAUAUCUUUAAUAUGACGCUGCAAGACGCCAUAGUCAACAAUGACAUUUCUAGUUACGCUUAUAAUGCAUUCUCUAGAUGCAUGCUUGUGUGUUGAAUAAUUUGGGCAUUAUCAAAUUGUGUAUUUUUUUGUAGAUUUUGUUCAAAAGUUCAGAAUUGAUACAAUACCUCUAGAAUAACCCUUGAAUGUGAAAAUAGUGAAUCAAGAAAUGAUUUUUAUGGACCAAGUGUGUCCUAGUUUUGAAGUAACGAUUCCAAAACAACUUUUCAAAGUGGAUUUAAUUCAUUUUAAGUUAGGGGAGUUUGACGUGAUAUUUGGAAUGGAAUGUUAACGAGUUAUGGCGCUCAGAUUAAUCGUGGGCGAAAGUGUCUAAGAGUUGAUAAUGAGAAGAGAGUGAAUGUAAGAGGAUAAAAGCACGAUAAGAUGUUUUGUUCAUGAUACAAGCUAAGAAAUUGCUUCGGCAAGGAUGUCAGGCCUAUUUGGCGCACGUGAUAGAUACGGAGAAAUAAAUUCCUGAGAUGGAAGAAACCUCAGUGGGAGAUGAGUAUGUGGAUGUGUUUCUUGAAAAUUUAUCAGAAUUACCCCAAUUAGGGAGAUUGAGUUCACUAUAGACCUUGUGCCAGGUACCGCACUAUAUCAAAAGCUUCCUACAAAAUGACACCAACAUAAAUAAAAGACUUGGCAACACAAUUACAAGAAUUAUUAGAAAAAAAAAUUGUCGUUAGGCCAAGUGUAUCCUCAUGGGGAGUUGCUGUAUGGUUUGAAGAAAGAUGGAAGUAUGAGGUUGUGUAUUGAGUUUAGGAAAUUGGAUAAGGGUGACAAUUAAGAAUAAGUAUCCUUUACCAAGGAUUAAUGAUUUGUUUGACAAUUGAAAAGAGAGGCUCACUUUUCUAAGAUUGAUUUAAGAUCCAGAUAUCAUUGACUUAAAAUUAAGCCAGAAGAUGUGCCUAAGACAGCUUUUAGAACCAGAUAUGAACAUUCUGAGUUCUUAGGGAUGCCCUUUUGAAUUAACCAAAUAUUGCACCUUCGACCUUAUGAACAUAAUAUAUAUUCAAGACAUAUUUGGAUCAAUUCAUGAUCGUUUUCAUUGAUGACAUUUUAAUUUACUCCAAGACACAAGAAGAACAUGUGUAGCAUUUAAGAAUAGUCAUGGAAAUCUUGAGAAGAGAGAAGUUGUACGCAAAAUUUUCAAAAACUGAGUUUUGGUUGGAGCAAGUACAAAUUCUUGGACAAAUAGUUUCUAAAGACGACAUAUCAGUAGAACCCGCAAAAGUCAAAACGGUAUCAAAUUAAGAAAUACCUAGAACUCUAACUGAAGUCAGAAGUUUUCUUGAUUAGCAGGUUAUUAUCAAAGAAUCGUUCAAGAUUUUUCAAAGAUUACAACACCAUUGACAUGGUUAAUCUAAAAAGAAGAAAAAAUCUGAAUGGAUACCAAAGCACAGAGAAAAUAUUCAAGCAUUAAAGAAGAGAUUCAUGAUAGCUCCUAUGUGACUUUACCAAAUGAAAGUGGCAAUUUAUAAACUUCAUUGAUGUUUCUCCAAAAGUAUAGGAUGUGUAUUAAUGUAGCACGAAAAAGAAAUUGUUUACGCUUUAUGGCAACUAAAAGAUUAUAGACUGAGAUAUCUUAUUUAUGACUGGGAAUUAGUCGCGAUUAUUUUCGCACUGAAGAUAUGUUGACAUUAAUUAUAGAGCUAGAAGCAUGAAAUUUAUACGGAUCAUAAGUGCUUGAAGUAUUGUUUUACUCGGAAGGAAUUAAAUAUAAGGCAAAUGAGAUGGUUAGAAUUGAUUAAGGACUAUGAUUGUAUAAUAAAACAGCUUGCAAGGGAGGCAAAUAUAGUUGCAGAUGCGUUAAGUAGGAAGAAGAAUUUGAAUGUGUUAACAAUGUUUGAGGAAUUGAGAAAAGAAUUGAAGAAAUUAGGAUUGGAACUUAAAGAUUUGAGUCUAGAGAAAGAAAAGCUUCCUGAAAUUUUGGUACAAAUAGAAUUGUUAAAUAUUAAUAAUAACAUUUUGGAAGUGUCGGGGAAAAGUAAUGGGCGAUUCAAAGGAAAAAGUUGACAGGAGAGGAAUGCUUUUGUCCAAGGAUGAGGAAAGAAUUAAGAUAUUUGCGAAAAGGAUACAGAUUUCCACAGUAACAGAAUUCAAAAGUGAGAUUUUGAGCAAUGCACAUGACCCGAGAUAUUUCAUACACCUAGGAAGCACAAAGAUGUUUCAAGACUUUAAGAGACACUAGUAGUGGCCAAUUUUUAAAAGAGAAAUUGAAGAUUGAGUGAGUAAAUGUUUAAAAUGUCAAAAGAUAAAAAUAGAACAACGAAAACCCAGUGGAUUAUAACAACCCUUGGAAAUCCCAAAGUGGAAGAGGGAAUAUAUUACUCUGGAUUUUAGUGGAAGAUUACCACAAACACGGGAAAAAAAAAAAAAUCCAUGACUCUAUUAGAAUAUCAUAGAUAUACUCAUGAAAUCGGCUCAUUUCUUACCAUUCAGUAAAAUGUACACAAGUAAGAAAUAGACGAGUAUGUACCUGAAAGAGAUUGUGACUCGACAUGGAACCCCAGUGCCAAUAGCAUCAGAUAUAUAUAUAUAUAUAUAUAUAUAUAUAUAUAUAUAUAUGCAAGAUUUACUUCGAGAUUCUACCGAACUUUUCAAGAAUUUUCUAAGGAUAAGUCGAAUCAAAAUGCUGCUAAUUAUUCCCAAACUGAUGGAUAGAGUGAAAGAACGAUUUGAACAAUUGAGGGGAUGUUAAAAGUUUGUGUGUUAGAUGGCAGAGGGAAGUUGGGAUUAUCAUUUUCCCUUAAGUAGAAUUCAUUGAUUAAAGAAAAAAGAAAAAAAAAAGUUAUCAUUCUAGUAAUGGGUUGGCACCUUAUGAAACAAUAUAUGGUAGAAAAUGUAGAUCGCCUCUUUGUUGGGAUUAAGUUGGAGAAAAGAAGAUUCUAGGACCAGAACUAGUUUAACAUACCGAAUAAUCAAUUGAGAAGAUACCAAAAAGAUUAACUGCAGCUCAAUAUAGACUGAAGAAAUAUGCGGAUUUAGAAAGAGAAGAGAAAGCGUUUGAUGUAGGAGAAAAGUACUAUUGCAAGUGUCACCAUGGAAAGGAGUAGUGAGAUUUGCGGGAAGAAACAAACUAAGUCCCCGAUUUUCAUUGGACCAUUUGAGAUUUUAAAGAAAGUUGGAUUAGUAUACCAACCAGGUUUACAACCUAACUUGCAACAUUUACACGACGUGUUUCAUAUAUCAUUAUUAAAGACUUAUAACACAUCUGCAACGUGAUUAAACCUAUGGAGAAAAGCCAGUAAAGAUAGUAGAUAUGAAAUUUCAAGAGCUAAGGACCAAGAAGGUUAAAUUAGUCAAAGCUAUCUGGAGAAACAGAGCAGUCGAGGAAACUAUGUGGGAACUGGAAGAAGAAAUGCGGAAGAAUCAUCCUUACUUAUUUGACGACCCGUCAUGAUUCCGAGGUCGGAAUGCUUUAAGGGGGAGAGACUGUAACGACCGCGAAAUUUAAAUAUGUAAAUUAUAUAAUUAAUUAAUUUCUUUAGUUAGUUUACGACUAGAAUGCUUAAUUAGUUUGUAAAAUGUUGGCUUCGUAUUUUCAAGAGUCGGAAGUAUUAUUUGAGAUUUAGUUCGUACGGAAAUUAUUAUUAUUAUUAUUAUUUAAAAUGCAACUCGUUUAGUAGAAAUUUAAAUACUCGAAAUUAUUAGAUUUCGUUUACACACCAAUUUUAUUAAAUUUGAAUACAAUAAAUAAGGUCAUUAAUAUUUGUCGGUGUGUAAAUUUAUCGGAAAGUGUUUUUAUAUCAUUAAAUAAUAAAGUUCCGCAACGAUCGUCUCGACUAUAUUAAACAAAAUCGCUAAAAACAGUAAAUAAACUAUAAAGUGGAUUUGGAAGCUACUUGGUGCCCAAGAAACGUUACUUGGUGACCAAGUAACCAUUAGCAAUAAUCUAAAUCAAGAUUGAGAGUUAGUGUAUGCAUUGGACAUGAUUACAAUUAAAAGAAUUUUUAUAAAAUCCAAGAAUAAGAUUUGUGCAAAGAUUUUUGGCUAAGAAAAUAAUAGAGAGAAGAAAAGAAUUAGCUUGAGAGAGUUUUGGGAAGUGGAUCAAAGGAGGAAGGAGCAAAAGAUUUUGGGAGCAAAUUCCUUUAACAAAAGAAAAACAAGAAGCAAUUUACUCGGGAAUCAAGCUGAGUAUCAAACCCGGAAUCAGGAAUUGUAUUUCAGAGGAGAUCAGUAUAGACAGAGAAUGGCACAAAUGAGAAGGAUAAUCCGGAAGCAUAUAACAGCCAAGUCAAAGGCAAAACGUGAGGCUAUGGCACACGAAGGGUGCGAAGACUUGUUCCCGUAACGAGGAUGUUUGUGAUAAUAGAAAUACUAGUUUGUACUCUUGAACUUAUCCUUUUACUGAUAUGAUGGACUGUGUGGAAGUGUAAGAUUGACCCUGGACUUGUGGGGCGAGUUAUGUAACGUGAGACAUGUAUGCUAAAAUAGUGUGACGGCCUAGAUCCGGGGUAUACGGAUCUGGGGGCGUUACAAAUACUUUACUGCAAACAAUUUUAUUUUUAUUUGUAGGUUUUAUGCACCAAAAUAAUAAGACUUCAGGAAAAUUAUGUGUUGAACUUCUUCUCAUAUUCUUCUUAUACAUAGUGUUUUCUUAAUAAUUUUAUAAUCUCAAAAGCCUAAACCAUUUCACACGUAAAGAAGAUCUGAACAAGUUGGCUUCACCGGCAAAAAGUUUUUAUUAUACAUAUUACUAAAUCUGAUUUAAUUUAUAAAAGUUGUAAAAUGAAUGGAGUAGAAUGGUAGACGAGUCUUUCAGAAUUCCACAGUUGGUUUUCUGAUUUAUACAAGUUUAAAAUUUAAUUUCUGAGGACAAUAGUAUAGUGGAUAUCAAUUCUCAAGAAGACGUCAACUCUUUUUAUCAUCCAUGGCCACCUUGUGCUACCAGUUAGGGCGGCUAUAUUUCUUGUUUUCUACUUUACAAUUUACACAGAAGAGGUUCACAAGGAUUGACUUGAGGUAUAGUGACAUGCAAGGUCUUCUUUAUUGUUGAUCAUCAUGUUGCUUAUAUAUAUUCAACUGCAUUCUCCAGUAGAAAAUAUGAACUUUGCAUGCAUACAUCGAAGCUGGCGAUGGGUGCUAAAAAAAUUUACUAUUCAAUGUUUCUAUUACUUUCCAUAUGUUUCUUCAUCAAUUUUUAUACUUCUUUUGGAGCUGAUAGCAUAUCAGCUAAUCACUCUCUCUCUGGCAACCAAACCAUUGUCUCCUCGGGCGGAAAGUACGAACUUGGUUUCUUUAAACCUGGUAAGUCUUCCAAGUACUACAUUGGCAUCUGGUUCAAAGAGAUUUCUGAGCAAACUGUAGUUUGGGUUGCAAACAGGGAAAAGCCUGUGAGCAAUAAGCAUUCUUCAGAGCUGAAAGUUGUAGAUGGUAACUUGGUGCUUUUCGACGAGAGGCAAACACAAGUUUGGUCCACAGAGACAAAUUCUGCUUUUCCUAGUCCAGUGGCGGUACUUCUUGACGAUGGAAACUUUGUUUUGAGAAACGGGUCAAGUUCAACACUAUGGCAGAGCUUGGAUUACCCAUCUCAUACCUGGUUGCCGGGUAGUAAGAUUUCAUAUGAUAAACGUACAAACAAGACGAAAACUCUUACUUCAUGGAAGAAUUCAGAAGACCCUGCUCCUGGAUUUUACACAUUGGAAGUUGAUCCUAUUAACAAUCAAGGUGUGAUUAUGUGGAACAGGUCUAAGCUGAUAUGGAGGAGUGGACCUUGGGAUGGACAGGCAUUUGGUUUAGUGCCUGAUAUGCACCAUAAUUCUUACUCUCUAUUUAAUUUUUCCUAUGUGUCCAAUGAAAAUGAGACUUCUUUCUCCUAUUAUGUAAUACAAACUCCAUCAUUUGUGUCCAGAACCAUCAUAGAUUAUUCUGGGCAGUUCCAGCUAUUCUCAUGGUUAGGGGAAACCAAUGAGUGGAGUUUGAUUUGGGCUGUGCCAAAACAACAGUGUGAAGUUAGUGAUGUUUGUGGGGCAUAUGGCAUAUGUAACCAACUUGCUUUACCUCCCUGUAAUUGUUUGCCUGGCUUUAAGAGUAGGUUUGAGAGAAGUUGGGGUUUGGGAGAUUACUCUGGCGGUUGUGUCCGAAGCCUCAGAUUGGAGUGUGGUGAAACAAAUACAUCCAAUGGCGGAAAAGAUAUGUUUGGCAAGUAUUCUAAUGUCAAGUUGCCUAACAAUUCUCAAUCUGUGUCGUCUGUUGGGAGUGCGAGAGGCUGCAAAUCCAUCUGUUGGAGCAAUUGUGCUUGCGGUGCUUAUGCUUACCACGAUGGUACCUGUUUUACUUGGAAUAAAGACAUCUAUAAUAUGCAACAGCUGUCGAAAGACGAUACUAGUGGGAAGGACAUCUUUAUAAGACUCAGCCCAUUAGAGUUCUCUGAAAGGAGUAGGAAGGUUGUUUAUUGGGCUGUUGGAGGGUCGUGUGCAGCUAUGGUAAUAAUCUUUUUAGGAGUUAGUUUUCUUAUUGGAAGAAAGAAAUUAAGUCAAGUGAAGGAGGGAGCUAAAGCUGUAGAAGGUACAUUGGUGGCUUAUGGUUACAAAGAUAUAAAAAGUGCCACAAAGAAUUUCUCAGAAAGACUCGGUGGAGGAGGUUUUGGAUCUGUAUUCAAAGGAAUAUUGCCGGACUCAACAGUGAUCGCCGUGAAGAAGUUGAAAGGCAUCAGCCAAGGAGAGAAGCAAUUCCGCAAUGAAGUCAGCACCAUUGGAAACAUUCAACAUGUAAAUCUUGUGCAUCUUCGUGGUUUCUGUUCUCAAGGCAACGAGAAGUUGUUGGUGUAUGAGUAUAUGUCCAAGGGCUCAUUGGAUUCUCAUAUUUUUAAAGCAGAGAAGGGGAAAAGUAUAUUGUCCUGGAAAACAAGGUAUGCCAUUUCACUGGGGAUAGCAAAAGGGUUGGUUUAUCUGCAUGAGAAAUGCAUUGACUGCAUCAUACAUUGCGAUAUCAAGCCUGAAAACAUACUUCUGGAUGAUUUUAUGUGUCCCAAAGUUGCAGAUUUUGGUCUUGCAAAGUUGGUGGGGCAUGAUUUUAGCAGGGUUUUGACAACCAUGAGAGGGACUAGAGGGUAUCUUGCACCAGAAUGGAUAUCAGGGGCAGCGAUAACAUCAAAAGCAGAUGUGUACAGUUAUGGAAUGAUGUUGUUUGAGUUUGUGUCGGGUAGGAGAAAUAUGGAGCAAACUAGAGAUGGUAAAGUUGACUUCUUUCCUGCAAGAGCUGCAAAGGUGAUGAUAGAUGGAGGCGACAUCCUUGGCAUACUGGACCCUAAUUUAGAUGGCUCUGCUGAUGCAGAACAAGUAACCAGGAUAUGUAAAAUAGCUUGCUGGUGCAUCCAAGAGGAUGAAAAUGUCAGGCCAUCAAUGAGUAAGAUAGUUCAAAUCCUUGAAGGUGUAAUGGAGUUGAACCUACCUCCAGAUCUACGAAGUCUUCAACUGUUCAUGGAUAUGGAGAACGAGGAGAAUAUUGUUUUCUAUACUAAUAGCCUAUCCUCCUCGAACUCACAAGAGCUAGAGAUCCUUCAUACAUGACCUUCUUCACAUUCGAAGUGCUAAGUGAAGAUGCAGAUACUGUAUUCCGUCUGUAAAGGCUAUUUAGCUCAAGUGUUAUUUCUGCUCAUUAUACCUGUCGCAUCAAUGUUAUUAAGUGUUUCUCUAAAAAAAUAUAUAAUAACUCAUACUUGCAUGAGAUUUGAGUUUGUUACUGUCA